GUGAUAAUCUGUGAUCCUUGACACAGAUUACGGAUCUGUGAUCAGUGGUCAUAUGAUAUUGAUGGAUUAGAAUAAAUGAAAAUUCUGAGUACAUUUUCCAACUCCUAAAACGCAAAAUGUUGAUACAUUCGGUAUUCGUAGCUGCACUCUUAAUUGGAGCCCAUUCAGAUGGAGAAUUUUCUAUCUUGAAUUAUCCAAAAAGCGUAUCGUUCAAAGGACACGACCAUCUGAAGGAAAGUAACUUGAAAGAAGUGUACUUUGCCACAUUGGGUUUCUCAAAUUCCCAGUUUUCCAACUGGAAAGGCUUGUACAUCAACGAUCCUUUCAAUUUAGCCGAAGGUAUUGCUACUGUUGUUGUAGAGGGUAUGCCCUCAAUCGAUCAACCUAAAGGACAUCAUUUCCCCUUGAAAACUGAUACUGAGGAUGAUUCAAUUUUUUCUACUCUCAAAGAUGGUAUCAACUUGAGGUAUCCCGACACUGCGACCCAGAUUGUUCAUGUUGAUCUGGCUAAUAAUCUUGAGGAUCAGUCGGACAACAAUUUAUUCAAGGAUAUUAAAAUUGAGAAACCAAAUAAAAAUACGUAUUUGAAGAACGAAGCGGAAAAUAGGGAGUUUUUGAAGGAUAUCGAUCUCUUGAACGCUAUCGCUGAAAAGGUUCACAGCAACAUCAAGUCUGAUGGAAUCCCAGAUCUCUUUUGGUUUAAAUUAUCUAGUCUGCAUCCGGUUGUCGAUUUAUACGGGGAAAAUUCUACGGAAGUGAAAGAAGCUAAACAUUUGUUGAAUGAAGCUGUUUUGAGACUUAACGAAGCAUUUAGGAAAGCUUAUAAUGGAGCAGUAUUAUUCUCUGUGAUCACCAGCGAUGCGAGCCAUACUAGGAAGACGAGAAGUAUUCUUGCUACUGGUAAAGAUCGUCAACUUAACCUCGCCUCAGAGUACUCGGAGGACUUUCCUGUGAUUUUCAACAUAGUCUUGUGGCUCUGCGUCGUUCUAGGGUUUUCCCUGCUCGCUAUCUCUCUUGUUAUUGGUAACAUGGAUCCAGGAAGGGAUUCCAUUAUUUAUCGUAUGACAAAUCCGAGAAUGAAAAAAGAUAAUUGAAGUAUUAAAAUUGGUUUUCUCAAAGUUAAUAUCGACAAAUAGUCUGUCGAUUCAAUUAUUAAUUUUGUGAAUUUUUUUUAAACAUUCACGAAAACGAGAAAUUUCGGAAUUUGUAAGGUGCGAUUUCGAAAAAAAUGUGUAUAGUAGUUAAUUAUAUUUGCGUUAAUUUUACCAUUCCAAUGUUGUUUAAUUUGUUGAGUGUAUAGUGAAAAGUGUAUGUGUGGAUGUACUAAGCUGCAAAUACAUAUUUAAAGAUUUAAA